AUGGAUGCACGUAUGGAAGAUCAGACAAAAAGCGCGUUUGGGUUAACAUAUGUCCACGAGCCCCAGGCAGAACACACCCACACCAUCAUUCUACUCCAUGGACGGGGGAGUUCGGGUGAGGAGUUUGCCGAGGAGCUUUUUGAGGGCCGACUAUCUGACCAGUCAAAGAUUCUGCCGUGUAAAUUCCCCAGCUGCAAAUGGGUUUUCCCAUCCUCCCCCGAGGUUUGGAAUCCAGUAUUCCAGGAGGAUAUCUCUGCUUGGUUUCAGGCACAUUCCCUCACCGAUGUCGAUGCCAGGCAGGACUUGCAGAUUCCUGGGAUUAAGCAAUCUGUCGAAUAUAUAUUGACCUUAUUGAGUCAAGAGAUUGAUGCUCUCGAUGGCAGGGCAGAGAGCGUCUUUCUAGGCGGCAUCAGUCUAGGAGGGGCCGUGGGCUUGUGGGCUCUUCUGUGUUUGUGGAAUGCGCCGGUCCCCAGACGCAUCGGGGGUUUCUUCGCAGUCAGCACAUGGCUUCCUUUCUCCAAAAAUAUCAGCCGAGUUCUCAAUAAGGUUAAGAAUUCCGGGCCAGAGUUGCCAAGUGAUGGUUCCGAAUCUGAUACGUUUGUCGAAACCAUGCUCUCACCUGCGAUUGCCAAAGAACAAAACUCUUCAUUUUUAUCUAUACCAAUAUUCCUAGGUCAUGGAUCAGACGAUGCAUAUGUCAAUGUCAACUUAGGAAGACAAGCAAGAGACUUACUGCUCAAAGUCGGGUUUCAGGUGGAAUGGAAGGAAUAUUCAGGGGCAGAACAAGAGGGACACUGGCUAAAGUGUCCUGAGGAGAUGGAUGAUAUUGCUUCAUUCUUGUCUCAGAAUAUCAUCAAAUGA